CGUUGUUCCCGACCGACUGUGCAUUACCUUAAGCCGAUAUCUCUUUCAAAAGAAGUUAUUGGGAGGAAGCGGUAUGGGGCCACUAGCCGAGAUCGAGGGACUUAUUUCUUAAAAUGAAAUUAAUGGACUAUGUUGUAAUAUCUAAUUAUAAUCACAUAUCCGUUACUUUGUAACGCAUAAUUUUCGUCAUCUGUGUCAAGUGUACCAUAGACAUACAACAAUGUUCGAUCAAAGGGUGAUAGCGAUUUGCUUCCUCGUGUGCUUUGCAAUAGUAUUUAAUUUUUCUCUCCAUCGUAUCGAGGAAGGCCAUGUUGGGGUGUACUUCAGGGGUGGUGCACUGUUACCUCAAGUGAGCAAUCCAGGUUUUCAUAUGAUGAUACCAUUAUUGACCACUUAUCGUUCGGUUCAAGUAACUCUGCAGACAGAUGAGGUGAAGAAUGUGCCAUGUGGAACCAGUGGUGGUGUAAUGAUCUAUUUCGAUCGUAUAGAGGUUGUGAAUAUAUUGGAUGCAAAUAGUGUCUACAAUAUGGUGAGGAACUUCACUGCAGAUUAUGACCGUACGUUAAUCUUCAACAAAGUUCAUCAUGAAUUGAAUCAAUUUUGUUCGGUGCACACACUGCACGAAGUAUAUAUUGAUCUGUUUGAUCAAAUCGAUGAGAACCUUAAAACUGCACUUCAAAGGGACUUGAAUGAAUUAGCACCUGGUCUUAACAUACAAGCUGUCAGAGUGACGAAACCAAAGAUUCCUGAAACCAUCAGAAAAAAUUAUGAACUAAUGGAAGGAGAGAAGACGAAACUGUUAAUAUCUACGCAACAUCAGAAAGUAGUAGAGAAGGAUGCCGAAACCGAUCGCAAGAAAGCAGUCAUCGAAGCAGAAAAGGAAGCGCAAGUUGCGAAGAUUCAGUACAAUCAAAAGAUCAUGGAGAAAGAGUCAUUGCAGCAAAUGGCGGCGAUAGAGGACGAAAUGCAUUUAGCAAGACAGAAGAGCCGUUCGGACGCUGAGUUCUACCAAAUGAAGAUGCAGGCUGAAGCGAACAAGUUACUUCUGUCUAAGGAAUUUCUAGAGCUGAAGAAGUAUGAGUCGCUGGCACAUAACGCGAAGGUAUAUUACGGGCAAGACAUUCCAAAGAUGUUUGCGUAUGGAGGUUGCGCGCUCGAUCCCAGUCUCGGUACUGGCGCCAGUACUAGCACAAGGAGUGUCGAGGAUAAAUCAUAAGUAACGAACAAUUCGAACCUCAUUUCCAUGAUUAUUAAUACACGGAAUGAAAUGAUUGAUUUUCUUUUGUCAAGCCAGUACUCUUAGGAUACGCGAGUGCGAAGCUUUGAACAGUUUACAAUUCACAGUGAUAUACGACCUUCGAUAAGGUGAAUGUGCAACCUUAGGUUUCUGGAGUGUUGCCUGUUCCUCCGAAUUAACUGUUACGUGUGUAAUUAAAAUCUUUUUUUGUAUACAUAUACUUAUUUAUUAAAUCUAUACAAAAUGGAUACAUCGCAAAUACAGUACUUGUAAGAAUUGUUUCUUUUUUGUUUAUUAUUAUUAUUAUGCAGUAUAAUUACAGAAUAACAAUUUUCUCACGAUAUAAAACAGUAUAUCAUUACGUGACAAUAUGAAUAAUAAUCAUAUCGACAUAAGUAAUAACAAUUGUAACUUGUAAGAAGAAAUAUCUCGUUCGUCGUAAUAUAUGUCAUUUGAUCUUUCUGCGAUUUUCUUUCGCUCUACGCGCAUAGACUUUCGGUUCUUCCGGUGGUAAGGACUUCACGUCGUCUAUGUUCUGAUUUAGCGUUCGUAAUUCUUCCAGCGCUCGCUUAGCCAAUUUCCCCUCCGGAGUAGUUGCAGGCUCCAAAAGCAGCAUAGUCAGGGCUUUCUUUAGAAGAUCUCUGGCCUCUUGUAGUUGAUGCGCCAACUGUGCGGACGAGAUCUCGCGAGCAGAAUAAGAUCGAUUCGCCAGUAUUAUUAUAGGCAAAUGCAUUUCAUAUAACAUUAUUCCUGAAAAAUUGGUAUUCGCGAUAAUUACAUAAUCAUACAUGACUUAAUAUCUGUAAGACAUCGUUAUAAUAUUACUGAAAUGUUUCUGAUAUUUUCCACAUGUUUCUAUUCUACGUGUGAAAUAAUUGAACAAGCUUAUUGUACAACACAUGUAUAAUUAUAACGAAAUGCACCAUCAA